CUUACGAUGGAAAGGCUGGUUGUCUACCUACUGGUCAUUAGCACAGCAGUGAAGGCCAUGAUGUGCCCCAGGCGAUGCAUGUGCCAAAACCUGUCUCCGUCCUUCACCAUCCUCUGUACGAAGACGGGGCUUCUCUUCGUGCCCCCCAGCCUGGACAGGAGGACGGCGGAGCUGCGGUUGAUGGACAACUUCAUCACCACGCUUAGGAGGAAGGAUUUUGCCAACAUGACGAACCUAAUUCACUUGACGCUGUCGAGGAACACAAUCAGUCAAAUCAUGCCUUACGCAUUUUUUGACCUGAAAGGCCUCCACGCCUUACACUUGGACAGCAACAGACUGACCUACAUCAACGAAGACCACUUCAAAGGGUUAAUUAACCUCCGGCACUUAAUACUCAGCAACAACCAAUUAAACUAUAUCUCUCCCGGGUCGUUGGAUGACUUUAUUGAGACCAUCGAAGACCUGGAUCUGUCCUACAACAAUCUUGUCGACGUCCCUUGGGAGACCAUCGCCAAGCUUUCCAACGUCAACACGGUCAGUCUGGACCACAACCUCAUUGAGUUCGUGCCGGAGGGAAUCUUCUCCAACCUCCACAAGCUUGCCCGCCUAGACAUGACCUCCAAUAAGCUGAAGAAGAUCCCUCCUGACCCUCUGUUCUCCAGAAUCCCGGUGUACGCCAAGUCCAAGGGGUCCCCGCUGUCGUCCCUGGUGCUGAGCUUUGGCGGGAACCCCUUGCACUGCAACUGCGAGCUGGUGUGGCUGAGGCGUCUCACCAGGGAGGACGACCUGGAGACCUGCGCCUCCCCGCCAGAACUGAUGGGCAAGUACUUCUGGUCGAUCAAAGAGGAGGAGUUCGUCUGCGAACCCCCGAUGAUAACGCACCGAACCCCGAAGCUGGCCGCGACGGAAGGCCAGAGCGUCUCUUUGAAGUGCAAAGCCGUCGGCGACCCAGAUCCCUACGUCCGCUGGAUCUCGCCCGAUGGGAAGCUGGUCUCCAACACGUCCCGGACAAUUUCCUACGCCAAUGGCACUCUGGAUAUCUUGGUGACUUCCUUGGCUGACAAGGGCACGUUCACCUGCAUCGCGUCGAACGCCGCGGGAGAGUCGAUGGCUCCAGUCGAGCUCCUCGUUACCCCCUACCCCAACCUCGCCAACAGCACCAGCUGUGAGAAGGACGCGGAGACCGGCCCCUCCGACAUUCUGUCCCUCCCAGCGAGGCAGCAGAGGUCUCCGGAGGCUGGGUCAGCGCGGAUGCUGACUGUGCUCAUUUUCUCUUCCAGGAUGAUUCCAGCCGGUAGUAAAUCCUUCUUCUUGACUGAUCUGGUUGCAGGCCGCGAGUACGACCUCUGCGUUCUCGCCGUCUACGACGACGGGUUGACGUCUUUGACCGCAACCAGGGCGAUCGGCUGCGUGCGGUUCACGACGCAGGAGGAAUACAAACAGUGCCGGUCGCUUCACGCCCAGUUUCUCGGAGGAACCAUGAUCAUCAUCAUCGGGGGCAUCAUCGUGGCUUCCGUCCUCGUCUUCAUCUUCAUCCUCCUCAUGAAGUACAAAGUCUACAACAACCACCACAAAAACAAAGCCACGAAGGUCAACAACGUCUGCUCGCAGACCAACGGAAGCCAGAGCGGCUCCAUGCGACAUGCGAAGCACCACGCAAGAGGCCGGCAGAACGACGCGAGCGCGUCCGGCCAAGUCACCUCGCCUCGUCCUACAGAACGUCGAGACGUCCCCUCCGCUCCGAGGGACGCCGUCGGAGAGAG